GCUGCCCACCACUCAUUUUCACCUGAGGACCUCUGCCCGGGCACGUGUUUCACGCGUGCCGGGUCGGGCUGAUCGAGUCGGUUUCGAGGGAACAUGUGGAGUAAAGAUGAAACAGAUGCAGUUUAUAGGACUUUUCUGUAUAUCAAUGUUGUUUAUUCUGUAUAGGACAACCAUAUAUCAGUAUCAACAGGCAGAGAUGGAAUCAAAAUCUGAUCCACUCUAUCCUGCAGAGGAUUCUUGUGUGUCUGGCAGAUGUUCAAGUAGUUUGCCUCGUGGUAUUAUUGAGGCUAGGUCAGAUCUCGAGCUAAAGCCUCUCAAGGCAAUGAGUAUUUCGAAGUCAAAGGUUAAUGUUACGGGCUAUCAUAAUUUGUUGGCAAUGCCGGUUGGCAUUAAACAGAAGGAUAAUGUUGAUGAAAUCAUUCAAAAGUUUCUUUCAGAGAAUUUCACUAUUAUUUUGUUCCAUUAUGAUGGUAAUGUGGAUGGGUGGUGGGAUCUUGCCUGGAGUAAGGAAGCCAUUCAUAUAGUUGCUCACAGUCAAACAAAGUGGUGGUUUGCUAAGCGUUUUCUACAUCCUGAUGUCGUAUCUAUAUAUGACUACAUAUUUCUAUGGGAUGAAGAUUUGGGCGUGGAGAAUUUUCACCCUGCAAGAUACCUAGAAAUUGUAAAAUCGGAAGGCCUCGAGAUAUCUCAGCCAGCUCUAGACCCCAAUUCAACCGGCAUUCACCACAAAAUUACUGUAAGAAGCAGAACAAACAAGUUUCACAGAAGAGUAUACAAGGAUAAAGGUAGUACAAAAUGUUCCAAUGAAAGCGAAGGUCCUCCCUGCAGUGGGUUCGUGGAAGGAAUGGCUCCCGUCUUUUCAAGAUCUGCAUGGCGUUGUGUAUGGCAUCUUAUCCAGAAUGAUCUUGUUCAUGGAUGGGGAAUGGACAUGAAGCUUGGUUAUUGUGCACAGCUUUUGCAGGGGGACCGGACAACGAAUGUGGGCAUAGUUGACAGUGAAUAUUUAGUCCACCUAGGCAUUCAAUCUUUGGGCGACUCAUCACUGAAAAAGGCUUCAAGUCCUCAAGAAUUGCCAAAGGGGCGUGCUGUUGAUCUGAGAGUUGAGAUACGGAGGCAAUCAACGUAUGAGCUGCAAAUAUUCAAGGAGCGAUGGGAAGAAGCCGUGAAGGAAGACAAGAACUGGGUGGAUCCAUACAAAGCCAGCCAAAGAUACAAGAAAACUUGGAAUUAUUGGUGAAACUUGAAACCCACAUUCAUACAUCUCGUAUCCACUCAAAAUGGUGCCUUUAUACGAACAUGGAUCAACAACACUCAAUUACAUAUUUACAUUGAUGUCCAUAACCACAUCAUAUAUUACUUUUAAUUUUUUAAAGAAUAAAAAAGGCUGUAAUUCCUUAUUCAAUAGUACUAAUUGCAUUAUAAUAAUUAUAAUUCUCAAGUCAAUUA